CAGCAAGAGCAUUGCCUGACUCAUGCUGGGCAUGUCAGCGUCCAAUACAUCCAAUACAUCUCAGACAUGCAAGGAUUACACCUUCAACCACCACCUCCUCAUGCCUGGCUACACCCUGAUAUUCAUCACAGGUUUGAUACUCAAUGUGGUAGCCCUGUGGAUAUUUGUCCGAUACCUGCGCCUGAAGUCUGUAGUGAUGAUCUACAUGUUGAACCUGGCCAUAAGUGACCUCAGCUUCACACUUUCUCUGCCCAUGCGACUCUACUACUAUACCAACCACCACUGGCCCUUUGGUAGCUUCCUGUGCCAGGUCUCUGGCUCAGUCUUCCAGAUCAACAUGUACGGCAGCUGCCUCUUCCUCAUGUGCGUCAACCUGGAUCGCUACGUUGCCAUCGUUCACCCGCUUCGCUGGCGGCAUCUGCGUCGCCCCAAGGUGGCCAAGCUCCUCUGCUUCAUCGUCUGGGUUGUGAUCUUCAUGGGCUCCAUCCCCACAGCCAUGGUCCACAAGCAAAACCACUGUAAAGUAAAAAACCAGACCAUUUAUCUGUGCUUUGAAAGCUUUAGCGACAACAUGUGGCAGAAUAACCUCUUCCCCCUGGUAAUCCUGGCUGAAAUCUUGGGGUUUCUCCUGCCUCUCAGCUCUGUGCUGUACUGCUCAAUUCGCAUCUUUCAGGAGCUCUGCCAGCCCAGCCAGACGAAGACCCUGCGACAGCGGAAGACCGUGCGUCUCCUCUUGGUCAAUCUGGUCAUCUUCAUCAUCUGCUUCGUGCCCUACAACACCACCCUGGCGGUUUAUGGGAUGAUAAAGGCCCGGGUAAUGAAGGUUGAGGCACAAACCCAGGCCUCGGUGCGCCAAGCAUUAAUUAUAACGAUGAUGUUUGCCAGCAUGAACUGCAUGCUGGACCCCCUGAUCUACUACUUCAGCACCGAGGGUUUCCGCAACACCUUCAAGAAAUUGCGGCGGGGACAAGCCUGGGACUCAGAGAUGGGAACGCUUAAGCAUCAGAUUGUGGAGAGUAAGUCACCCCGAGACCACGCUGUGUCUAAAGUAAAACUGUUCCCAUCUGAAAACUUUAUCCGUCCCCAUGAAUCCUCACCGUCACUUCCUACUGCAGUGUUCCUGAAUGGCCCUAUUGAGGACUCAGAAAUUUAAGCCCAGGAAAGCCAUACCAUUGCAGAGUCACACAUGCAACAAUGACAGCAAGCCUGUGGGAUACAGCAAACUGCUU